UUCCUUCUGCUAUUGUCCUUGUUUGUCAAGACCUUACUCUGUUCUUGACUCACCACAUACACACACCCACACCCACACCUCAUACAAACAAAGGACUCCUAGGAGUCUCGCACAGAGUCACAUACUCACACCCUGUCUUGCAAAUCCAUUGCAAUCAAUUCGUUCCCGUAUUCCUUCUAAGACGUUCCAUUGCUAUCACCAAUUGGCACUUAGCUACCAUGGCAUCCUACAGCACACAAUACUACACCGCCGCGGCGGUACCCAUUCCCAGCAAAGCGGAUCAGUACUACCAGAGCGGUGGUAGCAACUACUCUGUAUCUCCGUCUGAGGAUGACCAGCGCGAGCGUGACGCCUCCGUCACAUCUGGUGUACCUUCCUACGGCAACAGCAGCAACGCCGCGAGUUAUGCUACUAGCUACACUAGUGGCGACUACGGCGAUGGAACGCAGAACGGCGGCUCUGUUAACGGCGUUGACUUUAACGAGUACAUGCAAAACCGCUUCGACGAGUCCUUCGACCCGAUUCCGCUAGAUCGCAGCUUAGCUCGCCAGGCCCAGACAUCUGGUCAACUCAACAACAAGCACCGCGAACUUUUAGAAAUGCAAGCAAAAGCGCAAGCUCGUCUAGCCAGGUCGCGCGCUCGCUUCCAACAAGGUCUAAACGACGCGCGGGAAGUCCACGCCGAUCUAGAAUGGACAUCUAAGAAAGUAUCGUCGCUAAAAAAGAAGGCAGAGAAGCAUCACCCCAAAGAGUACCAGAAGGCGCUCGAAAUAUAUCCCUCGCCUAACUAGGUAUUAAGAAGUAGUCUUUAUUUUUUUUGCUAUUCUUGCGUGAUCCGCAUGGGGAGGCGUUUUUAUACCUAUCCCGUGGUUUUCUGCACAUGUCGUUUAUUUUAGCUU